UGCGAAAGAACGGACCGACUCAUUUUGCGAAUUUAUGUAGAGUUAAUGGAGUGUUUUUUCUAAAUUGUCUGUUCUGACUUCUGUUUUCACUUUCAUGAAGUUUGACUUCGAAUGGCGUACCGGUACUGAUCGUAAAAGUGAAAUGUAAAAUCCAUCCUGGUCUUACGAAAGUCGAAGAUUUCAGCUUGAAUUCGAUAACUGUUUGAAAAGCUCUGGAAACACCGUAACAGGUUUCAGGUUGUGUCGAAGAAAUUUAAUACUUGCUCAACCGAUGGCCGGUUUUUUUGAGGAAAAUUGACGAAGGAAAGGAAUCUGCGCUGCUUUUUCAACGACUACGAACCACAAUCCGAUGUUGUCUAGCGUUUAAAUUCAAAUUAUGACGAUAUUAUGGAACAAAACUGACUUUAGAUACUUGUAGCUGCCACGAACCUGUAUUACUGACAGCAGCAACAGCGGCGUAAUAGUUAGCAAGUUGAAAUAACACAAAAUGGGCGUCAAGUACUUGUUAGACUUAUUGGAAAACCGAACUAUACCGAACGCAGUCGUCGAGGUGGAUUUACUCAAAGUUGCUAAAGAAUCAGUGAAGAAUGUUGCGCCGACGGCGAUGCCAGCGUCGUCUCGACCACCUCAGAAGAAGGGCGAUGCUGCCAUCGCCACUUCGAACAAAUUUUGCCUAGUUGUAGACGGCGAGUGCUGUUUGAAUCGUCUCUACGGUGGCUUUUUUUCCGAUUGGGUUUGCGGUGGCCAAUGGAAUAGGAUGGCGGAUUUCGUGGACAAACUGGUCACGCUGGCCGAGAACGCUAACAUCGAAUUGACCGUGUUUUUCAACGGCGCUAUCGAGUCUCAACGAAUGAACGAAUGGAUCGCGCAACAGAAACGAGAAUACGAGAAAGUGAACAGAGUUUUGAACCAUGUCGCCAAGUUUGGAAAUGCACCGGCCAACAAGUUAUGGAUUGCACCUGUAGGAUUGCGAAUGGGUCUCAGAAUGAUGUUGCGACACAAGAACGUCAACGUAGUUUCCACCAUAGAUGACUAUAGACAGGAAGUGAUAGCGUAUUGCCGCGAGAACAAUUUUCACGGAAUAAUAACAGACGACGCCGAAUACAUUGCUUUUGAUCCGCCGCGUUUAUUUUCAGCUAGCAAAUUUAAACUGAAAUUUAAAGGUACAUUGGAAUCGCGCGAGUUCAUCAUUUCGGAAUUGACGAAAGAGUUGCAACUAACCAACGAGAAAUUAUGCGUUUUGGUCGCCUUGCUGGGCAAUUAUUUACUGACCGAUCAAGAUUUGCGCGAUGUAUACAAAAAAGCCGGUAUCGAUUUGUCCAACGAGAAUAACGCUGAGAGUGUUGUCAAAAAGUUGGCCAAGUUUGUUAACGAUGUCAACACGUCUAACGAUCUAGAUGAAAUUGUGACUCAAAUCUUAGGCACCGACCAAGAUUCCAGAGCAGCGGCGCUUAAGCAGAGCAUUCAAUAUUACAUGGAUGGAACCAAAGACGGCUUUCUAAAAUACAGAUCGGUAUCUUCCGGUAAACGCGCCAACAACACUGCUGGAAACGCGAGCGCGGGCUCGGACACGGCCAGUACGAGCGUAAUCAACGAUAAGGCUGUGACAAACGCUGUCGGAGAUACCGAUAUAUCUCAAGAACCAAAUUUAGAUACCAGUAAACUGGCAUCCGAAAAUGCCAACGAUAGCGAGAAAAAUCCAUUGAAUAUGUAUAAAGAAGCUCAGUCGUGUUUCAUUAAUCACGCCGCUGGUCAAGAAGAUUCGUCAUCUACCACGACUGAAGGCAGCUCCGAUAUAAGCGUUGCGGACAACGGUUUGAAUGUAACGUGUAAUUCCGAUACAAGUUCGAGCUGUGAAUUGCCGACGACGACGGCCGCGUCAGAUCAGCUUGAAAAACCAAAGGCUUCGGCUACAGUGGCUGCAGCCACGACGACGACUACUACGAAGCCGAAAAAAGACAAACCGGCGCCAAUUCUGCCGCCUGUACCGCACGAAGUUAUGCGUACAGUGAGCGAACGUCAUAGCAAAGGAUUAAUGUCGCCUUAUAUAUAUCAAAUAUUAUCGCAGGGCGAAAUAAAGCUGCCGGUUAUAAUAGAAGACGGCAAACAAAUCCCGAAUGUAUAUGUAUUUUAUAAGCCCAUUCGUCAGAUGGUGUACGCGAUCGUGUUCAAUUUACAUCAUCACGUCUACGUGGCGUCUAAAAAUAAUACUAGUGUGCAAGUCGAUAUUCGCAUCAAAGAAUGGAUAUUCGAUCCGAUUGCUCGAACUCACAAAGCGGAAUACGUGAAAGCUGAACCAGUCGGAUGGAGAGUGCCUACAAUUCAAAGACUCUGGUUCGGAACCACUCAAGAUGACAAACGUCGAAGAUUACGCGCUUUUUUGACGUGCAUGCGGUCGGACGUUCAGUUACUUUUGAAUCCGGAAUUUGUUCCGCAACAGUUGCUGGUUGCCGCCGUUGUGUUAAGGUAUAUAAUGUCAUUUCCGGACAAGAAAGUCUUGAGGAAGCCCGAAUUGGAUGCGUUCAUUGUGGCCGUCUUAUCACCAGAGUUCAACUCACCUACUUUCAUUCAAGAUCUCAAAAUCCCGCAGCUGUCUAGUCGAGGCGUUCAGUUGGCCGCGCUCUUUAUGAAAGGCGUCGAAAUGGCUAUGCUGGUGAACGACGCUUGCGGCGCUCCCAUACCGUGGCUGAUGUGUUGCCCUUGGUUGUUUUUCGACGGCAGACUGUUCCACUACAUGUUUGUGAAAGCGACCAGCGUUAAAAAUCUGCACGAACUUUGCGACAAUCGCGUCGGUCUGGUCAUGCGUGCUGAACGAAUGAGACAAGCCAUUCUCGAAGGACUAAAUGUGCAGUUUGCCCGUCCUCCUCUACCAUCGACGCUUAUUCCGUCCGCCGGCGUUGGCCCUGAAGAUUUCAAAUCGUCGCCGUAUUCGCCGCACCAGCAGUAUCAUCAUAAUCAUCACCACCAGCAUCAGCAUCAUCUUUCGCAUCCGCACGGUGGUCGGCCACCUUACAUUGGUCAGCAUCGUAUGGGAAUGCCCCCUUCGGCUGCAGAAGUGUCGUCGGUACCUGGGCUGGCCGGUUCAGCCAUGAGAGGCGGUAGAGGCACAGGUGCUGCUGCAGGUCGUGGUAGAAGAUCUCUUGGCGGAAGAUUAGAGGUGGCCGGCGUUGUGGUCGGCAGUUGGGGUGCCAAUUAUAAUCUGUCGCAACCGUUGUCUUACGAAUCAGCUUCGAUGGCUGCCACCGGCGCCAAUUACCGUUCACCAGGCGGCGCUCAUCAACCUCCUCACUUACCACCGCCGUUACGCUCUCAUCCGCAUCAGUCCAUCAAGAAGAAGCCGAUAAAAAAAGAUAAAAAAAUGGUAGGCAAGGGCAGAGGACUGGGUCUUACCGGAGGCGUUUCGUCUUCUUGUGGCAGCAGUGGUAGCAGUAAUACAACAACCAACAACAGCGCCAAUAAUAAUAAUGACGACGAAAGUAAACUUAAUGCUCGUACCGAUCCCAUUACCACCACCCCUGUCAGUACGAUUACGGAGUCCGAGUUACCGAAUGGCGACGGCGACGGCGACGGCAGCGUCGGUGUCAAAAUUAGCUCAAACGAAGCCCACGACAGCAGUGUACUUUGUUGUGAUAGUACUGUGAUUGACGAUGAUCGUUUUGAAGAUGUGAUUACAAAUGGCGCAGGUGGCGAUGGUGACGGUAAUGGCGAUGUUGAAGCGAUUAAAUCUGUUCAAGAUGUGUCAGCGCCCAAAUCCGUACCUGCGGAGGUCAAUUCCAAAUAGAGUCAUCUUCUUUACAUCGGCGUUGUUUGAGACUGGAACGAAUGUAACGAAAUUUAUCAGCUCAUUCGACACGUUAUUAUCAUCGUUGUGGUCGCGUCGCCUUCCUUAUUACUAUUAUUAAUAUUAUAAUUACUAUUAUUAUUAUAUAUUUAUUGUUAAUAAUCUUAUUUUUGGUCGUUAGAUUUUAUUUUUAUCGUCGUUGUCAGUUUGUCACUAUCGCAUGUAAUAUUAUUUAUCUAUCGAGAGUUGUGUCGUUUAAAAAGUACUCGUACCUACUUUAUUGGAAUGUUGUGUAGUAUUAUUUAUCACCAUUGUGGAAAGCAUUAAGAGAUGAUUAUAUGUAGCACCCGUAGUAGAUUUCCAUUUUUCCAAUGGAUCGAACGUUUUCUUUUCUUUCUUUUUUUUUAUCCUCUUGUUGACUGAUUUCAUGAGUAUCUAAAUAUGUAUGUAUGUAGUAGCAACCCCACCACCCUAGGAUAUGUGCGAGUUGUUUGAUUGUUACUAGUGGGAAGAAACGUGUUAUGCCGUUUAUUUUGUGUUAUCUGUAUUGUGAGUAGGUACAUUAUUAAUUGUCGGAUGUGUAAUUUUUCAUCAUCGCUCCGUUGUUUUGUUAUGUUUUUUUCUUGGUUUAUGUUGUCGUCGUUAUUGUCAUCAUUUUACUAUCGUUUAAUAAUUAUACCUAGGUACCGAAGUUAAGAACUAAGCCUUUUCGCCCCUUUAAUUUUUUCAUGUUUUCCUGUUAGUAUGAUAUAUAAUGUAUGUAUACACGUUAUUUACUUACUAGUGUAAUCAUCAAUUUUUUACUAUCCAAAUAAUAUAAUCAUGAUUUGUAAACGGCGCGUAA